CCUCGCCCCGAUUGACGUCACAAGCUGGAAUUCCUCCUCGCGGCAAGCGCGGAGACGCGCACGCGCGCCUCCAAAGACUCAACGAGGCACCCAAGCCUCAGCGAGGGAGCGAGCGAGUCGGCGAGCCGCUGCUCUGCUAGCCAGGGGGCGUGGCGGACAGGUAGCGUUCUUUUUAAAAACAAAAACCAAAGCCAAAUAAAUCACGCGCAGACGUAUAGCCGAGAGCUUCGCCUCAAAGCGGUCAGAGCCUUUUGUUUUUUUUUCCGGGCAUGUGCACCCUCAGCACGUCCCUGCUUGCACUCGAGGCGUGAGCGUGGGGGCUUCGCUUGUUCGAAUCUCUCUGACUGCUAAAGCCUCCAUUUCUUGCUGCACGAGGCCCAUGCUUGGGAUGAACCUCAUUAGAAGCCUAUUUGUUGCAGUAGUUGCUUUUAAAACAGAUAUAAAUGGAAAAUCAGAAUGAAGGAGAUAAUGCCUAAUAACAGUACAACAAGUAUAUCUCAAGCAAGAAAAGCAGUGGAACAAUUAAAAAUGGAAGCAUAUCUGGAUAGGAUAAAGGUAUCCAAGGCAGCUGCUGAUUUAUUGGCAUAUUGUGAUGCUCAUAUGGGAGAAGAUCCCCUUAUUAUACCAGUGCCUGCAUCUGAAAAUCCCUUCAGGGAGAAGAAGCUCUUAUGUACUAUCCUAUGAUUCACCCUGCAAUUAAAAAUGUUAUCUGUGAAAAUACAUUACCGAUGGUGCAUGCUUUUCCUAAAGGUUUUUCCCAUAUAGUAAUUUAGACUAAAAGUAACCCUUUCUAGAACACAAUAUAUUCUAAGUUAAUACAUUUUAAGUGAAGGUUUUUAAUGUCAAUUUUUCUAUCAGUGGUAUGUGUUCAACAUUUCUAUUGUUCUCUAUUUGUGUUUUGUAAUAAAAGAAUCCUAUUUGUUUUUAUGUAUGUGAUAAUUAGAUUUUGUUGGUUAAAUUUCAUGAACUGUCUUUGGCUUGUUUGCACAGUAGACUAGCCAUAGCUUAUAUAAUAAUGGCUUAUGAAUUAACCAAAUUGCCUGACGGAACACACAGUGAAUCAUAAAUCGACUCUACAGGUUAGGUUUGCACAACACACUGAGUUACAAAUUGGCCAAUCGCCUUUUAGCCUCAUGUGUCGUGCUAACCCAGGCUGUCUUUCAGAGGGGCCGAAGCUAUGAUGAGCAAUACGCACUAUCGAUUUCUUAAGUAUUUCCAUGUAAAAAGUGGGAUUUCAGAAGAGAAUGUGCUCAAUGAAUGUUUGAAUUAUGAAUAUUAAAGUUAAAUCAAAUCUUCCCAACUAGCUGCCUUAUAUCAAGUCAAGCUACUAGUCAACUUUCUUGGAAUUAUCUGUACCGAUGAGCAGCACUUUCAGGUUUUGAACAGGAGCCUACUUAAGCUCAGCCUGAGAUGCCAAGGAUUUAAUUUAGGACUUUUAAAUUUUAAAAUGUGUUCUUUACCAUUAAGAUGUCACUCUUCUUUUUGUAUUGCAGUAUGCUAAUUGCAGCAGGCAAUAGCACUGCUAAUAAACAUUGUAGUAAUAGUACCAGCACAUGAAAAACCUGCAGGCCAAAUAAAGACCAUACUGAUUUCAUUCCAUAGGUCAAACUGGCACAGUGAAGAGUUCAGUUCAAAUAAAGAAUCAUUUCUCAAAAUCUUACACAUUAAUUAUAAUUUUUGUGGGUACAGAUUCCCAUUUCAUACUAUAAACCAGAGGUCCCCAACCUUUUGGGCACCAGGGACCGGUUCCGUGGAGAGAGGUUUUUUCAUGGACCGGAAGGGGUGUGGUUUCGUGUCCUGCCUGUAUCCCGCAGAUGGGGCUUUGCUUGUUUGUGUGGACCGGUUGCUGGCAUGCCGUGGCCCGGUACUGGCCCAUGGACUGGGGAUUGGGGACCUCUGCUAUAAACUAUGCAGCCUGCAGCAAAGGAUGUCAUCUAGAUAUGUUCCUUAAUAUUCCAGAUUAUAUACCUCUAGCCUUUGUAAUAUGCUAAAUACAUUUUUUUAGUACAGCUGAGUGUGAAUUAAGCAACAUAGAUUUCUAUGGUCUUUAUAUUGGCUCUUAUCUUUAAAAAAAUCUUAAAUUAUGCCCGGCAAAAGCUUGUUUGUCUGAAAUCAAUUAUAUCGUUCAUUUGAUAUAUCUUGUAUGAUAAAAUGUGCUGUUAAUCAUUCUCCUUACUUGAAUAUUUUAAUAAAAGUUACUUUUAAUUUA